AUGCAGAUUUUUAAGCAAAUUGAUUGUUUUAAUAUUAACAUGAAAUUCUGGAAAGUUUUAGGGAUAUAUCCUUAUCGUAAUAUAAAAUUUAUUCACAAUUUGUAUUCUAAAAUGUUUUUAUUACUUUUCAUUAUCUUUUACGAUAUAUUACUGACUGUCAAUUUUUAUUUCUUGCCAUCUCAAUUGGAUGCUUUUAUCGAAGAAAUGAUCUUUUAUUUCACUGAGAUCUCUGUAACAACGAAAGUGUUAACAUUUCUGUUUUUUCGCAAGAAUAUCAGGAAAAUUCUAGAAGUCUUAGAGAGUUCGAUUUUUGAACCGAUGAGUGAUAGCGGAAUUAAGAUACUGAACGAUGCAAAGAAGUUUAAUAUUGUAUAUUGGAAGAUAGUCGCAGUUGUAUCUUUUACUUCUUAUCUUUCGCACAUUAUAUCUUUUUUUAUAACUCACGUGGUUUUGGAAAAUGUAGCAGAAUUUCCCAUAUGCAGCUAUAACUUCCUACCAAUGGAGAUUAAGGAAAGAUUUAUCUAUUCACUGUAUUUAUAUCAAAGUAUCGGAAUUCAUUUUCAUAUGCUUGCCAACCUAAAUAUUGAUACAUUUUUCUUGGGAUUAAUGAUAUUAGUUAUUGCUCAAUUAGAUAUUUUAAAUGAAAAACUUUCUAGUCUAACUGAUACACCCAAAAAUGUAACUUGCGAAAAUAAUGUUCAUAGAGAUCAAUAUGAAAAUAACAUUAUUAAAAGUUUUAAUCAAGCUAUCGUACAUUACGAUGAAUUAUACAAAUUUUGUAGUCUCAUCCAAGAUACCUUCAACAUCACGUUAUUAUUUCAAUUCAGUAUGGCUUCGUCUAUUAUAUGUGUGUGCUUGUUUAGAUUUACAUUGCCUGCUACAAAGGAAUAUUACAUUUUUCUUGCAACUUAUAUGUUUAUUAUGGUAAUACAAAUAAUGGUGCCAUGUUGGUUUGGAACCAGAAUAAUGGAAAAAAGCUGUCUUCUAAGUAAAGCUAUCUACAGUUGUGAUUGGACACCUAGAUCACGCAAAUUCAAAAGCAGCCUCCGAUUGUUCGUUGAAAGGACAAACAGACCGAUAUCAAUUACAGGUGGAAAGAUGUUUACACUGUCCUUAUUGACUUUUUCAUCGAUAAUGAAUUCUGCAUACUCAUUUUUCACAUUAUUAAGAAACUUGCAAGCGAGGGAAAGUCAAAAUUAA